UUCAUCCAUAUCUUCCUCCCCUUUUACUUGAAAUCAAGAUGAGACCCCUUUCAAAUCUUCUAAUACUAGUAACUAUCCUUCUCCUUUCAACAAAAUGGACCAUAGCAGAAGAAGUUGCCGAUGAGCAUCCAUUUGAUUACGUAGAAGGGAGCAAAAAGGGUCCUCCAUUUUGGGGAGAAUUGAACAAGGAUUGGGCAGCAUGUAAGAUUGGAAAAAUGCAAUCUCCAAUUGAUUUGUCAAGUGACAGAGUGAGGGUAGUUCCAGAGUCAGGAAUAUUAAAGAGGAAUUAUAAGCCUCAGAAUGCUACUCUCAGAAAUAGAGGUCAUGAUAUUCAGAUAAAAUGGGUGGCAGACGCAGGAUCAAUAGUUAUUGAUGGAAUAGAUUUUUUCCUACAUCAAGCCCACUGGCAUUCACCUGCUGAACAUACCAUCAAUGGAACCAAAUAUGAUGCGGAGCUACACAUGGUACAUGAAAGUGCAAUGAUAAAUGGGAAAAUCCAGAUUGUUGUUAUAGGAGUUCUAUAUCAGUUUGGUCCACCAGAUCCUCUUCUCGAAAAGUUGUCAAAACACAUACAAUCCAUGGUGAAUACUGAAGCAGAAAUGCCUAUGGGAGUGAUUAAUCCCUCCGAAUUCCCUUAUCGUGGAAAUAAAUAUUACAGAUACACUGGCUCUCUCACGGUUCCUCCUUGCACUGAAGGUGUCAUUUGGAUUAUGAAUCAAGAGAUAGGACAUGUGAGUAAAGAACAGGUGGCAUUACUUAGGGAUGCUGUUCAUGAUUAUGCAACGAUGAAUAAUAGACCUUUGCAACUCCACAAUGGAAGAUUCGUAGAUUUCUAUGACCCAAAAUGAUGCCAUGAACAAUAUAGUAACAUUUCUAGCAUUUUGUUAUGUUAGAUUUCACUUUUUUUUAAUUCAUAUUUUAUAGUAACUUAUAUUUGGCAGUACCAAUCAUUGUAGCUUACAGUGUAUAAGCUCAAAUUAAUAAAAAAAUUGUUUCGUGACUGUUUUUCUGUCACGGGAUUAUAGCUUU